CGCUUGCUGCUGCGGGUUUUCACACUAACCCUAUCGAAAUCAAAACUUUCAUAACACGCGCAUAGCCAAUGACUAGUGGAAAUCAAACCCAAGUGUCAACCCAGAGAAGCAAACAAUUACUAUGACAAAGUCAAUGAAAUGCUAGAUGUCGUUUGAAGUUACAUGCGUGUAGAAAUUAAGAUAAACCACCUGCUAUGUUUUGUGAAGAGUUGUGUUUUGCACGGUUCUCCCAUUGUCGUGGUAGCUAUCCACUAUCGUAGGUGCAGUUGGGGAGGUUAAAUUAUGUUAAACCAUCGAUCGUAGUUUGCGCCCUUGGUUUACAUGGUUAGGUUAGUUCAUUUUGUUUGUUUUGCACUGUGGUAAUUUGUAAUGUUAGCGGCAGAUGGCUUUUGUUUGUCUUUCAUGAGUGGGGAUUUUAAUGCCACGCCCCAUUGGUUGUCACAUUGGAACCUUGACACUUGUCACCAGCUGUCGCCAGAACUAGUGUGUUGAAUCAAGACACGCAAAUACUAGUAGCUUACAACUUAGUCAUUUAACUGGUUGAAUUGACACUCACUGACAGCUCUUAUAAGUACCGUAAAGGUGCAUGACGACGCAUCGGAACCAGAAAGUAGGCUACUGGUGCUCCUUGGCAUGUAGGCUGCAGUUCUACUGUAUGCUACUGUCAUUGUGGCAGCAUGAUGGACGCUGAACUGUAGAAGUCCAAUACAAUAGGAUUUCAAUAUUUGCAAUGUCGUUGACCAAUUGCGUGAUGAAGGCAACGCUACGCCAGGCUGAAAGGCUACUGUCAGUGAGCCACUUGGCCAGUUUUUCCCGUUUGUAUGCAAAGGUGGUGACCAACCCGGACGACAUUGUCAAGCUAUUCCGGGAGCAAAGCCAGUUCCCUUCCCUGAGCCGUGCAGACAUCGGCCCAGCCAUAACAACUCAGUAUGGCGGAAAGUACAGCAACAUCAACACAGAAUGGAGUCAACGGGACCUGGAUAGGAACGAGAAGGUGAAGUUUUGCCGGCAGUACAUUGUCUUCCACGAUGAUCAGUCUGUGGUCUUUUCCGGGCCCUCGGGGAACUGCACUGAGAUCAAAGGAGUACUGUUGAGCAGGGACUCUCCCUCAGGGGACAUGAAGGCAGUGGUCAGAGAGUGCUCCAUCAAGGGAGAGGAGAAGCAGUUUCUGGAGGUCUGGCACAAGAACAGCAAGGUGAAGACUCUCAACCUCACAGAUCUGAAGAAGCACGGCAAGGUGUAUGAAGAUGAUCUGUUUGGCUCCCUUGUGUGGUCUCACUCUGAAACUCACCUUCUGUACGUGGCUGAGAAGAAAAGAGCCAAGGCCGAGUCCUUCUUCAAGAUGGAGUCUCCCGAGUCCAGCUCAGCGGGGGAUGAGGACGAGGGCAUUAAAGUCAGCAAGAAGGACGCAGCUGUGAAGGGGGACCAGUUUGUGCACUACGAGGACUGGGGCGAGACGCUGGUGGAUAAGAGCACUCCUGUUCUGUGUGUGUUGGACAUCGAGGGCAGCAACGUGUCCGUUCUGGAAGGCAUCCCGGAGAACAUUUCUCCUGGCCAGGCGUUCUGGGCCCCCAGUGACACGGGGGUGGUGUUUGUGGGAUGGUGCCACGAGCCCUUCCGCCUGGGGUUGAGAUACUGUCCCAACAGAAGGUCGUCCUUGUUUUACGUCGAUCUGACAAGUGGGAAGUGUGAGCAGCUAUCGGACUCCUCCACUGCCGCAUUCUCCCCGCGCCUCAGUCCUGACUCCUGCCGCAUCGUCUACCUGGAGUGUAGCGUCUACGGACCUCACCAGCAGUGCUGCAGACUAUGCAUGUACGACUGGUACACCAAGAAGACGUCAGUGAUCGUGGAUGUGGUGAAGAGGCCGGGGGAAGAUGGCUUCACUGGUCUCUACAGCUCCAUGCUGUCUCCUCUGUGCUGGUCUGCGGACAGCCAGCGGGUCCUCAUCUCAUGUCCCCAGAGGAGUCGACAGGAACUUCUGGUGGUUGACAUCGCCACAGGCAGUGUCACAUCUCUCACUUCCAAGUCUGACAUGGGGAGCUGGUACCUGCUCACUAUUCACAAGGACAUGAUGGUGGUCAGCUGUGCUUCUCCAAACUGCCCUCCCAGUCUGAGGGUGGGCUUCCUGCCUGAGAGAGGCUCUGAGGCGGCGGUGAGCUGGGUCACCCUGGAGACGGCCGAGGUGCAGUCGGACUUCGAUUGGCAGGUUCUCACCUUUACCCCGCCCCCCGGACAGGAGAACAGCGAGUACCCUGGUUUGGAUUUUGAGGCCCUGCUACUGAAGCCAAAGGAUACCAAAGAAGGAGCAAAGCUGCCACUCGUCGUCACGCCUCAUGGCGGGCCUCACGCCAUAAUAACAGCUGACUGGCUCUUGUUCUCUGCGGUGUACUGUAAGAUGGGGUUGGCUGUUCUACUGGUAAACUACCGUGGCUCCACUGGGUUUGGCCAAGACAGUAUCUACUCUCUCCCAGGCAGAGUUGGAACACAGGACGUGCUUGAUGUUCAGUAUGCAGUAGAGUCGGUGCUGACGCAGGGCUGCUUUGACGAGCAGAAGGUGGCCAUCUCCGGAGGCUCACACGGCGGAUUCCUGGCCUGCCACCUGAUUGGCCAGUUUCCCGACUUUUACAAGGCGUGCAUCAUCCGCAACCCCGUCACCAACCUCACCACCAUGAUUGGCAGCACUGACAUUCCAGACUGGUGCAUGGUGGAGGCCGGGCUGGAUUACAGCCCAGAUGCCCAGCUGGACGCUGCCGCUCUGGCCCAGAUGCUUGACAAGUCUCCUAUCAGACACAUCUCUCAGGUGAAGACGCCGGUUUUGCUCACCCUGGGUGAAGAUGACAAGCGUGUUCCUCCAAAGCAAGGCAUUGAGUACUACAGGGGCCUCAAGGCUCGCAAUGUCCAAACAAGGCUGCUGUGGUACCCUGGCAACAACCAUUCACUGUCCACCAUUGCUGCUGAGUCUGACAGGUUUGUUAACAUCGCCCUGUGGAUCAUCCAGCACUGUGGCCUUCAGUAACAUCGAGGCAUGAACAUCCGUCCUCAUCCACGCUUCCUCCAUGGGUUAGUCCUGACUGGAAGCGGAGACUUGGAGAGAAAGUUGGAGACCCCGCUGUCUGCAACAGUGGUAUCGUCCUCACUUUCUCACUUCACUCACAAUGACGGCAAACCAGAGGAGUUAGCCAGCUUUCUUACUGACAGCACUUGUACGCCAAAAGAUAUGUAAUGUCUUGUUCUUUCUGCUAAAUGAAUGUUGGAUUUCAAAUAUCAUGCAAAAAUGUAAGCCUUUAUAUACAGUAAACUGACUUGUGUUUUUUAUUAUCGUUUCAAUAUUGUAAUAAAAUGUCAGCUCCUUAACAGUUAAUGAAAAGUUGCACUGUAUCAAUAGUUUCUUAUUCUUUGGCAAAUAUUAAGAUGGUUUGAAAAUAAUCAGUGCUUACAGCGGGUGCCUCGACCUCAACUCUUUCUCACAGAGAAGAGAAAAAAAGCAUCUAAACUCUUUCUGAGAUCCUCUCGCUUUAUGGACCAACUGUUUAGGAACUCAUUUGGUGUCUUCCAAUAAAAAAAAAUGUUUCUUUUCGA